UUACUGCUCUGUUUUUAUCUAUUACCAUCCUCGCUCUGUCUUCUUCGGAAACCUUCAGUCUGUCCAGGGCUUGUGUGUGGGACUCGAGGCCUCAUAUCGGUGUCAUUAUUUAAGGCCAAAUAGUAAAUAGAGAGAUGGCGCCAGCUAAGAAGGGUGGUGAGAAGAAAAAGGGCCGCUCUGCCAUCAAUGAGGUGGUUACUAGGGAAUACACCAUCAAUAUCCACAAAAGGAUCCAUGGAAUUGGCUUCAAAAAGCGUGCUCCUAGGGCCCUUAAAGAGAUCAGGAAGUUUGCAGUAAAAGAAAUGCGUACUCCUGAUGUUCGUAUUGAUACCAGACUGAACAAAGCUGUAUGGGCCAAGGGUAUCAGAAAUGUUCCUUAUCGCAUACGUGUACGUUUGUCAAGGAAACGCAAUGAAGAUGAAGAUUCUCCUAACAAACUUUACACACUGGUAACAUAUGUACCUGUCACAAACUACAAAGGCCUACAAACUGUCAACGUUGAUGAAAACUAAAUGGCGUUUCAUUGUUAAAAUAAAAAAGUAAAACUGA